CAGACAAGCUAAAACAGGAUUCAUCCCAUACUCUUAGGAUUUAAAGAUAUUGUCUCAGCUCAUCUGUUCAAAUCCAUCAUAAAAUAUCCGGACAAAGAAUUAUUUUAGGAAAAAAGUUCAUAUGUGGACGUUUGUGGCCUGGGAACUUUAGCAAGCUUUACCUCUAUCGCGAAAUCUACCGAGAUGGAAUUUCUGUCAGGUGUAUUCCAUUUAGGAUGUGGAAUUUAUUAUAUUUGCGGCACUUAUUGGGACUUUCAAAUUGUGACACCUCAUGUAAACACCUAUGGAGGAAGAUGGAAGUUUCUAACAUUUUUGAAUUUGAUUAUUCAACUGUUAUACUUCAUCAUAGCACCACUGGGUGAUGUUGUUACUCUUCUUAGUGGACGGAAAGAUAACUGGCUUGUUAAACUGCGGGAUUUAUUGUUUUCAUCUCUAGCUUUUCCUCUUGGUGUGUUUGUUGCAGCUACCUUUUGGGGUAUAUACCUAAUGGACAGAGAGCUCAUCUUUCCUCGUGCAUUGGAUAAGAUAUUCCCCUCAUGGCUCAAUCAUAUUUUGCAUACCUGGUGUGCUAUUCUUAUCAUAUUAGAAGCUGCAUUCAUCAAACACAAGUAUCCAAAGAAUCGUGUAGGUUUGGGUGUGUUAGCUGUUUUUACAGCGAUUUAUCUUUCUUGGAUAUCGUGGAUUGCUUAUGCAGCAGACUUUUGGGUUUAUCCAUUCCUUCGUCUAAUGCCUAAUUCUGGCAAAGUAGCAUUUUUUACGUUAGCAAGCUGUUUAAGCGCCUUCCUGUAUCUCUUGGGAAAAUGGAUGACUUUGUUCAUAUGGGGAGGCGACGGAGAGAAGAAGUCUACAAAUAAUUCGACUCUAAAGGAAGGAACAAAAAAGAGAGUAAAGAAAGCAGAUUAGAAUCCAAUACUCAUCAGCCUGCGUGGAGAACCUCGUUUUCAAUGUUACUGUACAAAUGUUUCCUCGCCCGCGGGAAGGUAUGAUGCCUUGAGCCACGCCAGCCCGUGAAAGAACCGCAAGGGGUCUAGCAAUAAGUAGUGUCAGUCCCCCGGCAAACCUCUCCCCGACUCGUCUCAAAUCUUCCCGUUGACGGAGAAACUUGCGUCUUGCAGCACUGAUAUUACGGGUCUGAUGCAGGCUAAUGCUUAUGUUACAGUGAUUGUUUUGUCUAUCAAAACUUGCAGCUCUGGUAUAAUUUUUUUGUUUAAAAUUUAAAUGAAGAAAACGGGCAGUUUAUGAUCGUGUUACACUUUUUAAAUUGGUUAUUAUGAAGAAAACAUGCAAAUCGUUCCUUCCGCUGUGUCAGAUAUCCUCUCUCGAGGACUAGGUUCGAGAUUGUGAUUUCAGCGUCAUAUCUCGCGUUAUUAUACGUGAUCUAUUGGGGUAAACAUUUGUCCUCGUCAUGGAUCGUUCUUUACGAGAACUUGCCACUAGAUCUGUUCCCUUGCAGUACCAUGGAUGAACCAUUUAUCUUAACAGAAGACUUUGAACUUCGUAAUCUCCACUUUCGUGAAUUGUGCAGAAAAACGACUUAAAUGCUGUAAUUUGUCUUUGUCAAAUAUUUAAGUAUGAUUCACGAAAGACCUUUUGUCGAAACUAAAUCAAGUAAGAAGUCGUAUUCAGAGCUGGUAUGAUUGUUUUUAUGAAGAUAAGUUUUGUUUGUUUACCCACCUGUAUUUCUUUAAUGUAAAUCACCGACUCCAAUGCAAGUAAAUCAUCGUAACAAACUCUCAA